UUUGAGCACUACAAAUUCAGACCGAACCCCUCACUUAUCCCUCGUUCAGUUUUCAAUCUUCUUUCGUUCUUACUUGUGCUUCACAAAAGCAAAGAACAACAAAAUUGUACUCCCUAGAAAAAUUCAAAUUCAUAUUCAAGAUUCUUCCUCAUCUAGAAUUAUUUUGACAAUGUCAACCAUAGUGUUUCAAGAUUUGCAGUCAUGUUGUGAGUCCCAUAUCAUUGAAACAACUACCCUUAACCUCAAAGUACCAACCACAACUCCUAUUGUAGAAACCACUCUGCCUCAUCUACAAAGCAAUUUGGAAAAUAUUACUAAUGAAAAAUGCUGGAGUUCCCUUCAAAGUCUCUCCACCAACUCAAAGGAAAAGGAAAACACUUAUGUUCACCCUUUAUCCAAACGACACUCCUCAUCAUCAAGACUUAGCGAAAAAAGUCUUGCAUUAUGUACUGAAAAUUUGGGAAGUGAAACGGGAACUGAUCAAACUAUUGAAAGCAGCAUUUUCUCAUUUUCCUCCCACGAGUCAAAAACAGAGAAAUCGCCAACGUUAAUACCAAAAACAGAUACUCGAGUCGAAUCACCAUCAUCUAAUUAUAAUAAGCAGAUCACUUAUAAUACUGAAAGCUGCCGAAAACUUCCACCUCCCUUGACAACCUUAAGAGGAUCGAAAUCUCUACAUGUUCGGCCACAUAGAGAAGGUGGUAGGUUAGUCAUCGAGGCUGUUGAGGCCCCGAAAAUGCACAUUUAUUUUCAAGCUGAAAGAAGCAAUGGCCGCCUUAGGCUCUGUUUCUUUAAUGAUGGAAGCUCUGCUUCAAAUUUUGGAAUGGAAACGACCGAUGAAGAGAAGGAAGAAUUAAAAGUUGAAAACGACGUGUUUGAAAGUGAAAAUAACGAUGAGGAAGAAGAAGAAGAAGAACGAGAAGAUGAAGAAGAAGAAGAAAAUGGCAUGUACAUGAAACAGGACAUGGAUGGAAAUACUUAUGAUGUUGAGGCCGAAACUGGAAAAGUGAAUUGUCAAAGGGUACGUAGGUGCACGGAAGGCAGGCAAGGCAAUAAGACAUUUUGUGAUUGGAGGAACCCUUUGUGGGUGGCUACUUCCUAAAGUUUUGUCUUUGGAACACUUCAAUUUUCGUUUCAAAAAUUCGAUCUUUUCUUUUGCUUUUAAACCCUUUCUGUCACUCUUUAUAUAUAUAUAUAUAUAUA